AUGCAGCGACUCGCAUUUUUGGUUCUAGCUGGCUUGGCUGCGGCACAAGUAGCGCCCUACGGUCAAUGUGGCGGUACUGGCUACACCGGUUCCACCGCUUGCGUGGCGGGAUGGGUUUGUCAGUACCAAAAUGACUGGUACAGCCAGUGUCUUCAAGGUGAGUACUCGCGAACCGGAUGUCAUGGGUUCGAUAUUGAGCGUUGCGAUCUCCUAGGCACCGCCACGACGACUACAACUACUCUGACUACCAAGGUAUUGACGACUACCACCAGUGCGUCGAAAACUUCAAGCAAAUCGACCAGCUCGUCAACUUCCACUACAUCGGCUGGUGCCUCUUCGACUGCCUUCUCUACCACUAACGGACUCAACUUUACAAUCGAUGGAGAAACUGGCUACUAUGCCGGUUCCAACUCGUACUGGAUCGGUUUUCUCACGGAUGACGACGACGUUGAUCUGGUGCUGGAUCACAUGAAUGAAUCUGGCUUGCGCAUCCUGCGCGUUUGGGGGUUCAACGACGUGAACUCUGUUCCAUCCGCGGGGACGGUCUAUUAUCAGCUCCUUGCAGACGGCACUGCAACCAUCAAUACAGGUGCCGAUGGUCUACAACGAUUGGACUACGUAGUCGCAUCUGCCGAAAAGCGCAAUGUGAAACUGAUCAUCAAUUUCGUAAAUAAUUGGUCCGACUAUGGAGGAAUGGCCGCCUACGUAACGGCAUUCGGGGGUUCGCAAACGAGUUGGUACACUAAUGCGGAGGCUCAGAGUGCAUAUCGAAACUACAUCGCAGCGGUCGUGGCUCGCUACAAUGACUCUCCGGCCGUCUUUGCAUGGGAGUUGGCGAACGAGCCCCGCUGCAACGGCUGUGAUACUUCCAUCAUCUACAACUGGGUCAAGUCGACCAGUGCGUAUAUCAAGUCUCUCGAUUCUAAGCACAUGGUGUGCAUUGGAGAUGGUCAGUUGGAUCCUUCAUUCUCCCGGUCUCUGUUAGCUAACCCGAGUCGCACAGAGGGAUUCGGGCUUGAUGUCGAGUCUGAUGGCAGCUACCCAUACACCGUGAGUGAGGGUCUCAACUUCACCAUGAACCUCGCAAUCGACACCAUCGACUUUGGCACGUUGCAUCUAUAUCCAGACAGCUGUAUGACUCCUCCAAUUGUUAAGGGGUUCAAGGCUAACCUAAUUUUUCUAAAGGGGGGGACCACCGACGCAUGGGGUAACGGCUGGAUCACAGCGCAUGGUGCAGCAUGCGCUGCAGCUGGAAAGCCAUGUUUGUUGGAAGAGUACGGUGUUACGUCUAAUCACUGCAGUGUAGAAGCUCCCUGGCAGCAGACGGCCCUCCAGACAACUGGCAUCGCGGCAGACUUGUAUUGGCAAUAUGGCGACACCCUGAGCACUGGCGAGUCGCCUGAUGAUGGAAAUACUAUCUACUAUGGCACGAGUGACUUUGUAUGUUUGGUGACUGAUCAUGUCGCUGCGAUUGGAUGA